AUGGAUGUAAUUAAUAAUAGUUGUAAUGAAAUGUCUCAACAAAACUGUACCAUUGUUUAUAAUAAUAACAAUUAUCCACAGUGGGUUGACAAUUGGCAAAUAGUUGAUUUUAUUAACUCGGGAACUUUUGGAAAAAUUUUUCAUGUUAUUAAUUCAUAUACAAAUGUUGUUGGAGCAAUGAAAAUAGAGUAUGUUGGUGUUGAGUUUCCCUUGUUAACAAAUGAAAUAAAUCAUAUAAUUUACAUUCAAAAUAUUUUGAUUAAUGAUUAUAAUUUUAAAAAUUCCUUGAGAUACCUUCCACAUAUUUUUGAUAGAGGAUCCUAUGCUGAUGGUUCAGUAUUUUGUGUCAUGGAACUUCUUGGUCCUGAUUUAUUACAAUUAAAAAAUCAGCAGACAUCAUGUCAAUUUACUCUUUGGACUAGUUAUUGGCUUUUACGUGAAAUGAUAAGAGCAAUAAGAGGAGUUCACUAUUGUGGAUUCGUUCACAGAGAUAUAAAAUUAGCUAACUUUUGUAUUAGAAAAGAAUGUAACGAGAAAAGAUCAUUGGUUCUUAUUGACUUUGGAUUAAUAUCACAAGAUUCAAGUUGUUUCCCAAAUUACUUUGACAAUUUAAAAGGUAAAACAGUUGGUACAUUAUGUUACUCCUCUUGUCAAAGUCAGCUUUCUAAAGCUAAACCAACUUUUGUUGAUGAUUUAUGGUCUAUUUUUUAUGUAUCAUUAGAGAAUUUUACUGGAACUUUACCAUGGAAAACUAGUAAUGAUAAGAAUCUUGUCUACAACAUGAAAAUUAAUCUUAAUUUAAUAAAUUUACAAAAUAGUGGAUGUCAUAUACCUCAUGUCAUGCAUGAAAUAUAUUGUUUGCUUUUAAAUCCUCUUGAACAUAAAAGAUUAUACCUUCAUGAUAAAAUUCUUAGUCUUAUUGAUGAAGAACUUAGAAUAUUGGAAUUUCAUGACACUUUAUUACUUGAUUGGGAAUAG